UGGCGGCCAUCAUCAUCAUCAUCAAUUCACCGCUGCUCUCUUCCAUUCCAGUUCGCGUUUGUUGCCCGUGUGAAGGAUGCCUUCUGCCAACCCUAAACUAGAAAAACAGGCCUCUACGGAGGCCAACGAUCCAAUACGCCAAGCCAUUAUUGUUAUCGAACACAAAAUUCGUAAUUUGGAAAAGCGUAAGGGCAAGUUGGAAUCCUAUAGAGACAUUCAAAAGACUGGAAAGGAGCUUGAUCGUGAUCAAAAAAUAGCAGUUGCCAAGUAUGACGAGGUACUGCAAACCCUUGAAAUCACAAGAGAUUUGUACAAGCAAAUUGUUGGUAUUGCAAAUGAUGCUGCUAAAUUGCAAAAGAAACUUGCAAGGAAAGAGGCAGCAGAGAGGAUACAACAUGACAUUUCAAAGGUACGAGAAGUUUUGAUUAUUCAAGAUACUCUGAUGAACAUGUCUGGUGAAAGAUUACGUAAAAAUUUUUUAGAGGGUACUAAUGGAGCAAAUUUAAUGACUGAAGAAGAUUUUAAAUUAUUGGAUGAUAUGUACAAAGAACUUACACUAGAAAGAUUACCUGGUUCUGUUGAAUCAACAUUUUUACAACGUGUACAAAAAACAGCUGAACAUUAUGUUGCAUUAGUUGAUGGUAAACAACGUGAUGUUGUUGGUUCAACAUAUGCUAAAAUUAGAACAAUUAUUCAAGAUAUUAAUAAAUCUGAAUAUUUGGAUAGAGAACGUGUGAGUGAAACUCCUGAAGCUCAAGAAGAAGAGAUUGACAAAAGAACGACUGAGUUCAAUAGUCAGUUAGCACAAGAACAAGAAUAUUUGGAACAACAAACUGGCGAAGUAAAUAACAUUCCAUCACAAGAAACAAUGAUUCCAAAUACAAAUUUUGUAGCACCAGUAGUAGCUGAUACAGAAACACCAGUAGCUGCUAUCAUUCCGGUUAUUCAACAACAAAAUACAAAUACAAUUGAAGUUACUUACUACCUCCCUGAACCACCACAACAUCAGACACAACCACCACGUAUUAUUAAUGAUGCUAUUGGUGGUACACCAAAUUUUUUUUUCCUUCAAGAAUCAGAACUUGAUUCAUCUGAUUUAAGUAAUCAACAAUCAGUUCACAUUCCACCAACAGCUGAAGCAUUAGCAAUACAAACACAAACAUAUAUUAAUCAAGGUUAUUCUAAUGUACCACUUAGAGUAUCACCAUCACAAAUGAUAUUUACUCAUCCAUUACCAACACAAGAAAUAACACCACAUAUACCUGGUUUUGCUAAUCCAAAUCCUCCACCACCAAUACCAAUGCCACCAUCACAUCAACAAAAUGAUUUACAAUUAAGUCCACAACAAUCUGGUUAUGAACAACAACAACAAGUUCAACCACAAACAACAGAGCAGGAACAAGCUGAAAGUCGUCAAGAUGAGCAAGUAACAAAUGUUAAUGAAACUGAAAGAACAACUGAGUCAAAUGAUUGGUCACAAAUGGGUGAUUCAAAUGAAAUUGAUGAAUGGGUUAAUAUUGAUUUACAAACAUCUGGUGGUUAUCAAGGAUGGGGUGUACAACAUACUGGUGGUUAUAGAGGACGUGGUGGACGACGUGGUAACAACACAAAUGGUUAUGGUGGAAGAGGAGGCAACAGAGGUGGUAGUUAUCAACAAAAUGGUCGUAAUGGACAAGGUGGUUCGUACUAUCGUAAUGAAAAUAGUAAUUAUCAAAAUGGUGGAAGCAGUGGUGGUAGUGGUGGUUAUCAACAAAGAAAUUACAACAAUAAUGAUGGUGGUUAUAAUGGAGGUUUUAAACGUGAACGUGGUGGUGGUUCACGUGGUGCACCAAGAGGUACUGGUGGUGAACGUAGUAACAACAUGGAUCGUGGUACUCGUGGUGGACAAUAUCGAGGACAACGAGGUGGUAAUCGGGGUGGUAAUACAGCUGGUGGUGGUUAUGUUCCACGUAGUAAACCACAAGCUCAACAAUAGUGAGUUUAUUUAUUUAAUUAAACAACAACAACAGCAACAACAACAUCAACAAUAAACAAGGGUAAUGAAUUACAAAAAAAAAAGGAAAAUAAAUUUCGAAAAACACCACAAACUCACGCAAGUCUUAAUUGUUAUUUUAAAAAAAAAAUAUAACCAUCUUCUGUUCAUCAUUAAAAAUGACUUUCAUACAGAAGAAAAAAAAAAAAAAAAACGAGAAAAAAAUUCUUUUAUAUUAUUAAAAAAAAAAAAACAAAAGUAUUAAAUUUUUUAUUUUAUUUCACCCAUUUAAUUUUAGAAUGUAACUGGUGACAUUUUUUUUUUUUUCAUUUUUUUUUCCCAAAACAAGUCAUUGAUUAUUAUUUUGUUUAAAAUUAAUUGUUUUUUUUUUUAUUUUGAAUAUUGAGAUGGUAAAUAAUAAGGCUGAAAAUAGUUGAAAAAAAAGGGGGAUAUUAAAGAGCAUGUGGGUAACAUGUGCUGUUUCAAUUGUAAUUUAAAAAAUAAAAAAAAGAUCAAGCGAAUUUGGUGAAAUGUUUUUUUUUUUUUUUAAUAAAAAUAAAUGGAAAUAUGUAUAUCAUUACGCAAAGUAUUAUUGUGACAGAAGGCAAUUUUCACAGGGCAACAACA